CAUCCAUUCACCUUACUGAAGAACCAGCCGGUGCUCCUUCCUCUUUUCUAACCAUUUAUCAGCCAGACGUGUGGUGCUUUCUCCACUUUGUUGCUUUGAACUUGAGACGUUGAGACAAACCUCCUUGAACCAGAUGGCCGACUCUGCAGAAGAUGCGCCCCUAUCCGGAGGGAGCCUGGCGGGCAGUGAACAGGUCCUUGUAGCCUCCGCCGGUCCCGCCGGGGGCUCCAACCAGCGUGCCUUUAAGGUGGCCGCGUUGACCACCAUCGCAUGUCUGCUGCUGGCCAGCCAGGUCUUCACUGCCUUCAUGGUGUUUGACCAGAAGCAGGAGAUCCACACACUGCAGAAAGACUCUACCCGAUUGGGCAAACAGCUGACCCGCGUAUCCCAAGCUCCAGUGAGGAUGCAGAUGCCCAUGAGGGAUUUUCCUCUUCUGAAGGACUACACCUCCUCCAAGAAGCCCCUGGCUAAACUGCAGGACACUGUUGCCAGCCUGGAGACCCAGGUGAAGGACCUCGUGCAGGACUCCCAGCUCCCGCAGUUCAACGAGACCUUCCUGGCCAACCUGGAGAACCUGAAGCAGCACAUAAACGAGAGCGAGUGGACGAGCUUUGAGUCCUGGAUGCGUUACUGGCUGAUCUUCCAGAUGGCCCAGAAGAAACCUCCCACCCCGGCACCCGAGUCAGCUGCUGUCAUCCAGACCAAAUGCCAGUUGGAGGGAGAAUCUGGAGCUACCAAGAUCGGCUCCUUUAAGCCCCAGUGUGACGAGCAGGGCCGCUACAAGCCCAUGCAGUGCUGGCACGCCACCGGCUUCUGCUGGUGUGUGGACCAGACUGGCAAAGCCAUCGCGGGCACCAGCAUUCGGGGCCACCCCGACUGUCAGAGAGGUUAUUCCAGCCGCAGGAUGUUGGCCCCCAUGCGGAUUCAGAAGACCAUCAGCGUUGACGAUGAGUGAAACCAAUAAAGCAGAGGUGUGCAGUUUCUUUUCGUCAAGCUCCACCAAUGAGGGGAAAGAGGGUUUUAAGCUGAAUGCAGACAGUUAUUGUUUUGACUUUUGAUCAGUUGAAGCAAUUAAAUGUCAUUUCUAAUUUCAACUAUUCUGCUUGCUGCUUCAUAUAUAGGGCUGGUACAGUGUAUGGCUUUUACUGUCUUUUACAUUUUUACCUUUUCAGAUUAGUCAAAGCUCAGAGCUGUUGACAUUUUAAUCGCCUUAUUCAUGUAAUCACACAUUUAUCCCUGUACCACCAUGUAGACAUGGAGGUAGUUCAGUUUUUUAAUAAUUGGAGUUUUAAUGUUAUUGUUUGAGAUCAUUAAAGGCAAGUUGAUGUUUAUGGUGGAUACAGCGUGAAAACAUCACAUUUGAAACAUGUUAAGAGCCAGAAUCUUCCCUGAAACAAUGUCCAUUGUAACUUUGAAAGCUUACAGGCCUCACUGAGCUGAUUUCAUUCCAAUCAUUUCCAUCACAAAGGAAUUCCAGUUUGACGUGAAGUAGUGAAAUAUUUCCAAUGCUGUGUGUGCCACGAAACAAGGCUGUAUAACACCGAAUCAAUUCUUUGUAAUUUGUGGGAACUUAUCCUCUGAAAAGGUUGUCAAAGUAAGAGCUACCAGCGUUUGAGUGCAAUAAAAUGUUUCAAUAAAGUCUUUCUGAUCACACCAUCUGCACACUA